AUGCUCGCCCUCGUCGGCAUUGGUCUAUUUCUAGUCGUCUACAUGUUUUGGUCUCGCAAGCCAAAGUGGAACCCAGCUGCAAAGCAUUGCAUCGUCACUGGCGGCAGCUCCGGCUUGGGUCUCGCGUUUGCAACUCUCCUCGUCAAAAAUGGAGCCCACGUCGCUAUUAUUGCCCGCGACAAGGACAAACUGGCAAAGGCAAUUGAACAGCUCGAGGCAGCGCGUGUAAACCCAUCUCAAAUCAUCACCUCGCACUCCUUUUCCCUCUCCUCUCUCGCAGAGGCUACAGAGGCUAUCAAGAGUGCCUGUACCCCCUUUGAUGGCCGCGCUCCCGACGCACUCUUUACCUGCGCCGGCGUUGCAACGCCCGGUUACUUUAUCGAGGAGACCGAGGAGAGUAUGCUCAGAGGCAUGCAAAACGCAUAUUGGAUCCAAGCUUGGCCAGCUCUUGCAACCUCGCGCCUCAUCGCCGCCCAAGGCCACCAAAACACUCGCAUCGUCUUUGUCGGCUCGACACUCGGAUACAUGUCCUUUGUUGGCUACGCAUCUUACUCGCCUGCCAAACACGCUCUCGUGGGCCUCACAGAGACACUCCGUUCCGAACUCGCUCUCUAUGGCGCCACAGUGCAAUUGUUCGUACCAUGUACCAUGUUCUCGCCCGGCUACGAAAACGAGAACAAGUCCAAGCCAGCGAUCACGAAGAAGAUUGAGGAGACGGAUGGUGGGCUCACACCCGAACAGGCGGCGGUUCGCAUGCUCAAAGGCGUCCAAAGCAACAAUGCGCAUUUUACAGCCGACAUCAUCACUGAAUUCUUUCGUGUCUCCACGCGCGGCUCGGCUCCGAAUAACAACGUGUUCAUCGAUGCACUCUUCUAUCUCAUCGCAUGGCCCGGCGUACCCAUCUGGCGAUACUCGACCGAGAAAGAGGUCCGAAACGGUCGAGAGGCUCAUCUUGCAGAGAUGCGCGCAAAGGGUCUCGUCAAGGAUCCCUCCAAGUCAUAG